AUGGAAUACAGUAGUGGCCACCCACCUCCCAAUCCUCUGGAGCCAGCUAUCAAAUUAGAGGAAUCUUCCAACUCAGACUUGCUUGACAAGACUGUCCAUCCCCAGCAGCUUCCAACGGCGGAAGACUCUGCUGUGACCAAGGCGGAGAAGUUUGAGAGACACGGCAUUGCCGAUAAUGUAGAGGAAUCGCCAUCAAAACGGAGAAGAUUGGAUUCGGAAAAUGGCACUCAAGGCCCCAUGGGAAGUGAAAGACAAAAGGGCGUUGUUCCAAUCAAAAAAGAGUUCCUUUUGCACCCGGCUGGUAGCAAAGGGAAAAAAAGUGCUGCUGUUGCGGAUGAUGAUGCCGCCGAAGGCGCUGCCCAUGUUGACCAGCCUAAAGGCGGCGAAAGGGGUAAGAAAAAGGAAAAGUCUCGAGGCCAGAAUACGAACCGAAACUUUGGAGCCUCAAGAGACGAAGUGGGUCUAUGUGCAAGUCGUGCCAAUAGUCCGGAGUUCUCCCCUGGUGAGUGUCGCUUUGGAGACAGUUGCAAGUUUGAGCAUGACCUCCGCAAGUAUUUGAAGGACUGGAAGAGAGAAGAUCUAACGACGUUUGGCGGGGUCUGUCCAAUAUGGCAAGCGAAAGGUAAAUGUGACGUUGGAUUCAAGUGUCGUUUUGUCGGAUCACACAUGAGGGAGAGAUCUCUUGAAGACGGAAGAAAGGAGUUGAUACUUACCGAAGAAGUUGGUGGUUAUAGUGAGAAAGAGCGUUCUGGCGUUUCAGAUAUUGGAACCAUCAACGAGAUAUCUACACAGGCAAAGAAUGACUUGAUGAAACGCAAAUUCAAGACCCCCAAAGCGGAUCAAUACAGUCAGUGGAUUGAGAAAAGUGGGAAAGAGAUUGACGAAAAUACCCGCAGAAAUGCCAAAAGCCGAUGGGAAGAAAGCGAUGAAGACGCUCUCGGAUCAGAGAUCAAGCCCGAAAAGACGGAAAUCGAAGACAACAGAGCACGAUACACCGAACCUCCUUUUUUACCAUCCGAGAAACGCAGGAUCUACUUUGGGCCAGAAACCCCUGUGCUUGCUCCUCUGACUACGCAAGGUAACUUACCUUUUCGGCGUUUGUGCGUUGCUCAAGGCGCUCAAGUCACAUACUCUGAAAUGGCCAUGAGCCUGCCUUUGAUACAAGGACAGAGGUCUGAGUGGGCACUGAUGCGGGCUCACGAGUCGGAAGCCACUCCGCCAGCCUACCAACCCAGCGACCCCGUUGUAACGGACUACAACAACACAAAAGACUUCAAGUUCGGAGCUCAAAUCGCUGCGAACAAGCCAUGGCAAGCGCUCAAGGCCACGGAGGUCUUGACUCAGCUAUGCCCCUAUCUACGGGUGAUUGACCUGAACUGCGGAUGUCCAAUCGAUCUUGUCUACCGUACAGGAGCCGGAUCUGCUCUUCUCGACAGCCAAGGAAAGCUAGAGAAGAUCGUUCGCGGGAUGAAUGCCAUCUCUGAAGAGAUACCAAUCACGGUGAAGAUCCGUAUGGGUACGAAGGACAACAAGCCGAGUGCCCUGAAAUUGGUGGAUCGGCUAGUAUACGGCGGCCAGGAAGCCCUCGAGCUUGGUGGUGGGCCUUCUGGAGCUGCAGCGAUUACACUGCACGGUCGAAGCCGACAACAGAGAUACACGAAAAAUGCUGACUGGAAGUACAUAUCUGAAUGUGCUGCUCUCAUCAGAGAUUACAACCAGAAAGGAGAGGAUCUCUCUGAUACUGUCCGGGAGGCGGAUGAGAGGUCACAGCCCGGAAGCAAGGUCUACUUCCUCGGCAAUGGUGAUUGCUAUUCUCACGUCGACUACAACACUCAUCUCGAAGAAGCGAAAGUCGACUCGGUCAUGAUUGCACGAGGUGCACUCAUCAAGCCUUGGAUAUUCGAGGAGAUUCAACAAGGGCAAUACAUUGACAAAUCGGCCAGUGAGCGCCUUGCCCUGGUUGAGCAAUACGUUCGAUACGGUCUGGAGACAUGGGGCUCUGACGAGAUGGGUGUUGGGAUCACCAGGCGAUUUUUGCUUGAGUGGUUGAGCUUUGCUUAUAGAUAUGUUCCUGUUGGGAUCCUUGAGCAUUUGCCACCGUGCCUGCAAGACCGACCGCCUGCUUGGAGAGGGAGAAAUGAUCUCGAAACGCUUCUGGGGAGCGACAACUAUAAGGACUGGAUCAAGAUCAGUGAGAUGUUUCUUGGUCCAGCGCAUAAGGAUUUCAAUUUCCAACCGAAGCAUAAGUCGAAUAGCUACGAGAUCGAGGCCGAGGGUUAG